ACUGCAUUGCAUAACAAACCACACAAUCAUAUGAUAUGCAAAACAUUUGUCGUUAUCUCAUGUCUCGCGUGAUUAGACACUUUCGCCACGAGUUUAUUCAUCCACUUCUUGAGCCACCGCUCCAACGAUGUUUUAUCGAUGCAAAUGCUUUCUGACGAACAACUACUUUGUGUCCAAAUAUAAACUUCACGUGAAGUACGGCAACACCAGUGACACCGACUUCUGGACGCAGUUUGGCGACCAAUUGGCGGCCAAUGGCUGCGACUCGGAGGCCAAGAGGGCGGAGGUGUUGACACAACUCAAGACAGAGUUCGACCGCCGAAGCCGUUUGGACGCGGAGGCCGUGAAACGGAUU